CUAAAAGCGUCCUGUGAGAUCAGAGGGCAGGAAUUCCGCCUUUAACUCAGCAAGGAGCCGCCACACACACACACGCACACGCACGCGCGACUUUCGUUUCUUGGCGGCUUGAUCCACAUUUUACGCGUCAAUCUCCAAAAAAAAGGAAUGUUUCCGUCCCAGACCGGGACUAGGUAGACGUGCCUUUCCUCUACAGAUCGUGAGAUUUAAAUAGAAGGACACCGGCAGGAGAGUUUUGCUUGACUGGUUGAGGUGAUCUGUAGUUGGACCUUUGGAUUUUGUCUACUUUUGGGACUUUUUAAGCCCUGAGAUCACCGCGGACUGAUCUUUCUCUCUGUCUCAUGUCUGUGCUGAUUUUGUCCUGUCUUCACUGGCACUAUGUCGCCCGGAGCGGAGAACAGACUUGAGUCUCAGCUCAGAAUGCUGGAGUCCAUGAUCAAGAACCAACGAUCAGCUCUGAAUUUGGAAAGUUUGUUGGAUUCUAUAAAUGCCUUGGCCCUUGACCUGAAUCAUCCUGCACUGCGGAAAAACAAAAAUAUUGAUGUCUUCCUAAGUAGAUAUGAAAAGGCUAUAAACCAUCUGAGGGAACUACAGAUGCAGCCAGAUGAUUUUGACCGAAUCAAACUAAUCGGCAAAGGAGCCUAUGGAGCAGUGCAACUGGUGCGGCACAAGGUCUCUAAGAAAGUGUAUGCUAUGAAGAAGCUCAGCAAGUUUGAGAUGAUCAAGCGCUCAGACUCUGCCUUCUUCUGGGAGGAAAGGGACAUCAUGGCCUUCUCAAACAGUCCCUGGAUAGUGCAGCUGUGCUGUGCCUUUCAAGAUGAGCGCCACCUUUACUUGGUGAUGGAGUUCAUGGCAGGUGGAGAUCUGGUAACCCUUACCAUGAAUUAUGACAUGCCUGAGGAAUGGGCACGAUUCUACACUGCUGAAGUGGUGCUUGCACUGGAUGCCAUCCACUCCAUGGGCUUCAUCCACAGAGACAUCAAACCUGAAAACAUGUUGCUGGACCACAGUGGACACCUAAAACUUGCUGACUUUGGCACAUGCAUGAAAAUGGACAAGUCUGGGAUGGUUCGCUGUGACACAGCUGUGGGAACUCCAGAUUACAUUUCUCCAGAGGUGCUGAUGUCACAAGGUGGAACUGGUUAUUAUGGACGCGAGUGUGAUUGGUGGUCUGUAGGGGUGUUUAUCUAUGAGCUGCUGAUUGGUGAUACUCCAUUUUAUGCUGAGUCACUGGUGGGAACUUAUGGCAAGAUCAUGGAUCACAAAAACAGUCUGAAAUUCCCAGAUGAUAUGGAAAUGUCUAAAGAUGCCAAAGACCUUAUCUGUGCCUUUUUGACUGACAGGGAGGUGAGGCUUGGCCGGACAGGAGUAGAGGAAAUCAAACGUCAUCCCUUCUUCAAGAACGACCAAUGGACCUUCAAUACCAUACGAGACACCAUGGCUCCAGUGGUGCCUGAGUUGAGAAGUGACAUUGACACAAGCAAUUUCGAUGAUAUUGAGGAUGAGAAAGGGGAUGUUGAAACUUUCCCACCUCCUCGUGCCUUUGUAGGCAACCAGCUACCUUUUGUUGGAUUUACUUACUUCAGGGAGGACCAGUUGAUGAGCAAAAAACAAAAUAAUAUAGAUGAGUCAGACAUCUGUCUUGAUGGUGUAGGAGGAAAGGACGACCCUUCAGAGAGAUCUGAGACUGAUGAUGUGCAAAAGAAACUGAUUAAUUUAGAAGAGAAGUUCAAACAUGAGAUGCAAGCUAAGGAUGAACUAGAAAGCAAAUGCAGAAGUGCAAACGAGCGACUCGAUAAACUGUCCAAAGAGCUUGAAGAGGAGAUGAGUGUGAGGCACAGAGCAGAGGAUUCCUUGAGGAAACUGGAGAGAGAGAAAGCCCUGCUGCAGCACCAGAACACAGAAAACCUGAGGAAGGCUGAACUCGAGACAGAGCGAAAACGUGGCUUAGAAAACGAAGUAAGCAGUUUGAAAGAGCAGCUGGCUGAGCUGAAGAAGAAGAGCCUUAACUCACAGAUCUCCACUGAGAGAAAUAUCCAUCUAGAGAGACAGCUGGAAGAAGUGAAUGCUAAGCUGCAAGACAAGGUGGAAGAGUCAGGCCGAGUGAAGAAAGCUCAGGCCGAGGCAGUGAGACAGACACAGCAGCUGGAGCUUUUACUCAGAGAGCUACAGGAGAGACUGACUCAGCUGGAGAGCAGCCGCCUCGGCCUGGAGCAGGACAACCUCAGCCUGCAGAGUGCCCUAGAGACUGAGAAGAGGGAGCGCAGUCUCAGCUCUGAGACCAUCACUGACCUGCAAGUGUGUAUCUCGGGUCUGGAGGAAGAGCUGAAACAAACGAAGAGCUUGCUCUCUAAGGCUGAGGGUGAGAAAAGACAGCUACAGGAGGAACUGACUGACUUGGAGAAGGUGAGGAGUGAGCAAGAGAUCGACCUUACUUUCAAGGUUAAAUCUAUUCAGCAGCGAUUAGAGCAAGAAGAAGAGGAGCACAACGCCACCAAAACCCACCUUGCUGACCACAGCAAACUCAACCAGUCCAUCGAAGAGGCCAAGUCUGAAGCGCUGAGAGACAUGGAGCGUAAGCUUCAGGAUGAGCGUUCAGCUAAGCAGCAGCUGGAGAGUAAGCUGAUGCAACUGGAGAAACAUAACUCAGCCCUGGAUUGUGAUUAUAAGCUGGCACAGAAUGAGCUCCAAGAGCUGCGCUCACACAAGAACAAGCUCACGGAGGAGGUGGAUUUGCUGACUGUAAGAGUAGAGCAGGAAAUGCAGCGGCGGAAUCUGUCCCAAGCUGAUCUGAAGGCUCAGAGGCAUGAAGUCAGCAUGCUACGCUCUUCUGAGAAACAACUCAAACAAGAACUCAACCACCUGUUGGAGCUCAAACUCAGCAUGGAGAAACAAAACCAGGAACUACGCAGGGAGAGAGAAGUUGCUGAUGCACAUCUGAAGGAGUUAAAGGACCAGCUGGAGGCGGAACAGUAUUUCACAAAACUAUAUAAGACUCAGAUUCUAGAGCUGAAGGAAGAGUGUGAUGAAAAGACUAAACUCUACCAGGAUGCACAUCGAAGACUGGAGGACCUUCAGGAGGAGAGGGACUCUCUAGCCUCACAGCUGGAGGCAAGCCUGACAAAGGCUGACUCAGAGCAGUUGGCACGCUCCAUUGCUGAGGAGCAGUACUCAGAUCUGGAGAAAGAGAAGAUCAUGAAAGAGCUGGAGAUCAAAGAUAUGAUGGCCAGACACCUACAGGAACUCAGCGACAAGGACAACACUAUCAGUUCGCUAGAGGAGUCUAACCGCACUCUGACUGUGGAUGUAGCAAACCUGGCCAGUGAGAAAGAGGAGCUCAAUAACCAGCUGAAAAACCUGCAACAGCAGCUGCAAAAGGCUAAAGAGGAAGAGAAGAAGGUCAGCACCAUGAAACUGUCUUUUGAGAAGCAACUUCAGUCUGAGCGGACGCUCAAGAUCCAGGCUGUUAACAAGCUAGCUGAGAUAAUGAACAAGAGGGAUUUGGUGCGUGGUGUUCACCAUGCAGAUGACAGCACACUGAGAAGGAAAGAGAAGGAAAACAGGAAGUUGCAGCUGGAUCUGCGCUCUGAGCGAGAGAAGCUCAACAGCACCAUCAUCAAAUACCAGAAAGAGAUCAGUGAGAUGCAGGCUUUGAUAAUGGAUGAGUCACAGAUGCGUGUGGAGCUACAGAUGGCUUUGGACAGUAAGGACAGUGAUAUUGAGCGUCUGCGCAGUCAGCUAACUUCACUUAGCAUCCAUUCCUUAGACACAACUAGCAUCAGCAGUAUGGGCAAUGAGCAGGACACUGAUGAGCCUUACCCAGUACGCAUCACACAAACACAAACCUCAGAGUCCAUGUCAUUCACGUACCAGCGAAGCUCCAAGCAGGUGUGUAUCGACACCCGGCCAAGUCUCAUCUGCCCCCUCUUUCCUUCUGAGUCUGAGGAAGAGGACAAUGAGGAAGAGAGGGGUCAGCCUCAGCUGGCUUUGGCUUAUGAGAGGCCAGCAAACUUUGAGCCGUCAGAUGUUAGUCUAGAGGGCUGGCUGUCUCUUCCAAGCAAGAACACCAAGAGGUUUGGAUGGGAUAAGAAGUAUGUGGUAAUGAGCAGCAAGAAGAUCCUGUUCUAUGACUCAGAGGAAGACCGUGAUCAGGCCAAACCAUUUAUGAUACUGGACAUCAAUAAACUCUUCCAUGUACGACCUGUGACUCAAACAGAUGUAUACCGGGCAGAUGUUAAAGAGAUCCCUCGCAUUUUCCAGAUCCUCUAUGCCAAUGAGGGUGAGAGUAAGAAUCAGGAAGCAACCAUAGAGCUUUCAGUGGCCGAGAGAUCAGCCUACAUCCCUUAUAAGGGCCAUGAGCUUGUGCCCACACUUUACCACUUCCCCUCCAACUGUGAUGCAUGUGCUCGACCCCUCUGGAACGUCUUCAAACCCCCUCCAGCUUUGGAGUGCCGUCGCUGCCAUGUUAAAUGCCACAAAGACCACCUAGACCUCAAGGAGGAAGUCCUUGCACCCUGCAAAGUGAACUAUGGCACGGCUAAAGAGCUGCUGCUGCUGGCCAGUUCUUCAACUGAGCAGCGAAAAUGGAUCAGUCGUCUUCUCAAGAGAAUUCCACGCAAACCCUGUACUCAGAGUGUGGCAGCCCCACAAGAGCCUCCAGUGGGGUCACAGCCCUCACCGCUACCCUCACCCCAUCUCUCUCCACGAAACUCACCCAAACUCACCUCCAGAGGAGCCAUCAGAGUGCACAGCAGAGCCCCACAAGCCUCCAGCAAGCCCAGCGUGAUAGAGUUUGACCUGAAGGCCUGGGGUUGGGCUCAUGAGGAUGAUGAGGAUGAUGAGGAUGUGUUUGAUUUCUGAAGAUGUGGGAGACUGCAGGCUAACCUUGAAGGAUACUGGAUUAUUCUCAGUGUUAUGUAGCAGACACUGCAGUACAACAGACAAUACAGAAAAUGAAGAACAUGACAUGGGUGUUGUAAACACCCCACCAAACAACACUCCUGAAGAUGUGCCUUUAUAUCAAACAUUUUACAGCAAUAUUAUUUCAGUGUGAAAGUAUUUGAAAGUAUUAAAAUUUUACGUUUGGUUAUACAGUAUGUGUGUGUGUGUGUGUGUGUGUUGAUAAUUAGUGAUAUGACUCAAUGUAUGGCGGCACGGUGGUGUAGUGGUUAGCGCUGUCGCCUCACAGCAAGAAGGUCCUGGGUUCGAGCCCCGGGGCCGGCGAGGGCCUUUCUGUGUGGAGUUUGCAUGUUCUCCCCAUGUCCGCGUGGGUUUCCUCCGGGUGCUCCGGUUUCCCCCACAGUCCAAAGACAUGCAGGUUAGGUUAACUGGUGACUCUAAAUUGACCGUAGGUGUGAAUGGUUGUCUGUGUCUAUGUGUCAGCCCUGUGAUGACCUGGCGACUUGUCCAGGGUGUACCCCGCCUUUCGCCCGUAGUCAGCUGGGAUAGGCUCCAGCUUGCCUGCGACCCUGUAGAAGGAUAAAGCGGCUAGAGAUAAUGAGAUGAGAUGAGACUCAAUGUAUUUGUAUAUUAAAGCAUGAUCUAUUUCUGUAAGGGAGACACACAUGCUGUUCAUUGCAAAUGCUAACUUUUCUCAGUUUAAAGAUUAUUUAAUGCUUCCGAAAGAGCUGUACAGUGGUAUACAUUUGAAAGGAAAAAAAAAGAAAAAAAAUGUUUUAAAGAUGCACUCCACUGCACAGGUUUAAUUUCUGCAUUGUCAGUUCAUAACUGGAACAACCUACAAAAGAGAAUAUGCAAUGUUGAUCCAUAUGAUUUUCUUUAUUCAUGAUGUAUGUAGUAGAAUGAAGAAGGGAAAGGCCACUGACUAAAUACUUUACCAGAAGACAGAAUUUAAGAGAAAAAAAUAAAUGGGGAAUUGAUGAGGUUGUAUUGUCAUUUGUGUGUGUGUGUGUGCGUGUGUGUGUGUGCAGGCCCGCCGACAGGGGGGGACAAAUGGGUAUGUUGUCCCGGGCCCAGGAAUGGGGGGGCCCAGAACUGGGCUCUCAUGAAGUUGCGAUUAUUUUAUUUCAUUUCAAAAUGUGUUGAUUUGGGGGAGAAAUGUGCUAUAUUUGCAUUCAAUAAAUGAUUUCUAGAUCUUU